AUGGUAAUUCUGAUCACUUGGAAAGGGAUAUUCUGUUCAGGAUCAUCUGAAUUGUGUGCAUCAUCUCCUUGCCAAAAUGGGGCGACUUGUGUGGAUACGAUGGACGACUAUGUGUGUCUGUGUUCAAGGGAGGGUGUUCGGUACAAGGGAAAGGACUGCGAAGAGCUAUAUGAUGCAUGUGUGUUUGUUAAUUGUGAAGGGUGUGUGAGUGAACUGGGCACUGAGCACCACACCUGCCCAGGGGACAUCAACGAGUGUGAAAAUGGGCCAUGUGAAGGUGCGCUCUCCGAGUGUGUGGAUGAACUUGAUGGCUACAGGUGCCUGUGCCCACCUGGUUUUGGAGGAGAGGACUGCAGUCAUCAAAUCACAGACUGCAUCGAUGAUCCCUGCCUCAACAAUGGCACCUGCAAGCGGGUAGUGGAUGGAUUUGAGUGUACUUGUUCAAGUGGUUUUAGUGGUGAGAUCUGCGAAGAAGAUCUGGAUGAGUGUGCUUCACACCCCUGUCAGAAUGGCGCCAUCUGUCUGGACGGGGCCAACAUGUAUCACUGCUUCUGUGUACCGGGAUACCAAGGACACAACUGUGAGAUUGACAUCAACGAGUGUGCAUCCCGACCUUGCUGGAACAAUGGGACCUGUAUUAAUGAGAAAGACCGGUACAUUUGUGAAUGUGUUCUGGGAUAUACAGGGGUGAACUGUGAGCUGGAGAUUGAUGAAUGUGAGUCAAACCCCUGUCAAAAUGGGGCCUCUUGCCACGACCUAGUGAGGCUGUACACCUGUGACUGUGUGCAAGGAUUUGAAGGUCCCGAAUGUGAGAUCAAUAUUGAUGAUUGUGAGGGUGAUCCAUGUCAGAAUGGAGGAGUCUGCCAUGACCUCAUCAACAGUUAUGAGUGUCAAUGUGAAGGCACUGGAUUUAUGGGAGACCACUGUGAGGAGGAUAUUCCUGAAUGUGCAUCAGAUCCAUGCCAACACGGAGCAACCUGUCUGGAGGGCAUUAAUCUCUACAACUGUACCUGUUGGCCAGGUUUUGAGGGCAACAACUGUGAAGUGGAUAUAGAUGAAUGUGCUGAUGCUCCCUGUGAGAACGAUGGCGAAUGUUUUGAGAAGUCAAAUCCAGAUCAAUGGGUAACAGACUGGGAGUUCACCUAUGCAACAAUCGCUGGUUUCAUCUGCCAGUGCCAACCAGGAUAUACAGGAGAGAACUGUUCAGUAGACAUAAACGAGUGUGAGUCUAAGCCGUGUCACAACGGAGGAAGCUGUGAGGACAUGGUAAAUGGAUACAUGUGUGUGUGCGCGGAGGGGUUCUCAGGUUUGGAGUGUGAGGUCAAUGUAGACGAGUGUGAGAGCGACCCCUGCCUGAACGGAGGUGAAUGUGAAGAUGGAAUUGCUAAAUUCAAGUGCCACUGUGCAGAAGCCGAAGAAGGACUCCUGCCCUGGGGUGGACCCCAGUGCAGUGUGCAACUGCUUGGUUGCAUUGAGCAUGUGUGCCAAAAUGGCGCCACCUGCCAGCCAUGGUUUGACGGAGAGACACAUGGACACACCUGUCUUUGCCCACCUGGUUUCUACAAUGACGUCUGCUCUACACCCACCACAUUCUCUUUCUCCUCACCAAGAUUCUUCUUGUUUGAGGUGCCACCACUUCGCAGAAGGAGAGACACAGAACAUUGGCGCACCCUGGAGGUCAGUCUGCGCUUUCGCACCACACUGCCUGAUAUGCUGCUGUUCUUUCGUGGAAGUACCGAACUCUUCAUUUGCCUGGAGAUUGUUGGGGGUGAGCUGCAUACCAGGGCAGUGUUAGGGGUUGGGGAAUUACUGGAGGAACAAUUGCCAGGCCUUGUAAGUGACGGGGAUUGGCAUGAGGUUACUGUGAGCAUUGAUGAACAGGCUAAAAAGCUUGUGCUACAAGUUAAAGGUCCAGGAUGUGACAAUCAAGCAUGCAGAGUUGAAGACAAGCUACCAGAUGACCAUGGAACAUUCCUGCUCCAUGAAGGCCUUACAAAGGUAUAUGUGGGUGGAGUACCAGAGGAGUAUCUGGAGUUUACCUUGAGCGGCCAUGGAUUUUUGGGCUGUAUGGAGGACCUACAGGUGGAUGGUCAUCAUGUCCUGCCCCAAGAUCUGGGUGAUGAUAAAGUGAGUGUAGAGGUGGGCUGUAUGAAGACGGAAUGGUGCCAGGUGGACCAACACCCCUGUUCUCAACGCGGGCACUGCAUCGACCUCUGGACAAACUACCAAUGUGACUGCUACAGACCACAUCAUGGACAAGACUGCAGCCAAGAGUACCCCUCUUAUACAUUCAGUCACAGGGACUCCUCAAGCUUUCUUGCAUUUGAGCUGCUAACAGAUCUCGGCAAGAACUUCACUGUGUCAUUCUUCCUGCGAUCACUCAAGACGAGUGGAAUGUUACUUCAGUUACGUAGGGCAGGGCUUCAGGGCACAGAAAGGGAGGAUCCUUACUUUACCAUCUUCCUGAAAAUGGGACGAGUGCAGGUGACCUCUGUGGCUGAGGCACCUGUUUUAUCAUCACCAGUUUUUGUCUGUAAUGGAGAAAAACUACUGCUGCAGGUAGAAGUACAAGAAGGCCAGGUGUUCUUCAGUCACGGAGGGUUACGCUAUGGACUUGGCUUGCUGCCUGAACUGGAAGUUUUGGGUGGAGACCUGGUGUAUGUGGGUGGGGUCCCAGGUGAAGAGGAUGUAACUGAGUUGGGGGGUCAUUUUAAGGGCUGCUUGCAGGAUCUGAGACUAGAUGAUGUGCAUCUGGAUGGGGAAACAUGGAAUGAAAACCUUAGAGAGACUGUUUAUAUCUCCAGUGAUGCAGAAAAUGUACAACCUGGAUGUAUCAGUGAUGAUACAUGCAAGGUGCAGCCUUGCUUGAAUGGUGGUAAAUGUACAGUCACAUGGAAUGACUUUACAUGUUCCUGUCCACGAGAUUUCACUGGAAAAACAUGUGAAACCAGAGUUUGGUGUGUGAGCGACCCAUGUGUGAACGGCGGGCACUGCGUGGAUCUAUUCGAUGGUUUUGAGUGUAUUGCUAAUGCAACUUUCGACAACACUCCACUUUACUACAGUGCAAAAGGAUCUCUAGUUGCCCCAGUUGCCAAUGUAACUAUGGAACUGCGAACGAGGCAGGUAAACGGUGUUCUACUGCGCGCAUGGAGAGGGGCGGAUCUUCUCCUGAUUGGCCUGUUGGAUUCAAGCAUUCUGGUGGAGCUUCAUAACGAGAACAUGGAACCAGUGAUCUUCUCUGGGCAGACACACAUUGCCGAUGGCAACUGGCAUCGCCUGCUGGUUGCCAUGGCCCAGCCAGACAACGAUACAUCGGCGUGGGUCAUUACGGUGGACGGCAUCAUUGAUAGCAGCAGUGCCCCAUUGCUAGCUGGAAGUCUGCAUUUUCUUAAAGACAGAUCAAGUGAGGUGGCAUUGGCAGAGAUGUAUACAGGAUGUCUAGGCACUGUGAGAGUGGGCGGGGUCAACAUUCCAUUUGUAGACAACGUCAAACCACCACAAACAUCACAGUUUUGGCGCCGACAGGACGAGCAUGUGCACAUAGGGUGUUUUGGUGCUCCGGUAUGCCGCUCUCAUCAAUGCAGGCAUGGUGGCACCUGUGUAGACCUCUUCAAUAUUUUUGGAUGCCAGUGCCCAUCUGGCUGGGAAGGGGCCACCUGUGAGAAGGAAACAGAUGAGUGUGCUUCAGAACCCUGUGUCCAUGGCAAGUGCAAAGACAAGUUGAAUGGGUUUGACUGCAUGUGUCACGUAGGCUAUGCUGGACCGACAUGCUCAGAAAAUGUAGACGACUGCAAAAGGUCACAAUGUAAGAAUGGAGGAACUUGCAUGGACGGAGUUAAUGACUACACGUGUUUCUGUCCACCAAAUUACAGCGGAACACGUUGCCAGUUUAACUACCCUCCUCUAAAGUGUGAGCUGGAUGUACAGUGUGAAAAUGAUGGCGUUUGUCGUGACACUCAAUGGGGAGCAAACUGCACCUGCUCUCCAGGAUUCACAGGAGACAGAUGUGAGAGCAAAAUUGACAAGUGUGCAUCUAGUCCGUGUCUAAACGGUGGAUCGUGUCUGGAUCGGCUGAACCGGUUUCAGUGUUUGUGUCCAGCGGGAUUCAGUGGCCAGUUCUGCGAAACAAAUAAACAGGCUCAGAAAGAUCGUAUACCAUGGCUGGUAAUUGCAGUUCCGUUGGUGUGUGGCUGUGUGCUCUUGGCAGCGAUCGGUCUAAUAUUUAUGUUGAUGACGGCACGCAGAAAGCGGCAGUCAGAAGGAGUGUAUUCCCCAAGCCAACAGGAAGUUGCUGGUGCACGCCUGGAGAUGGACAGUAUGCUCAAAGUACCUCCUGAAGAGCGUCUAAUCUAACAAGAACACACAAACAGAUGCCUAGACCCUAGUAUUAUCUCUGUGUGACUUUGUGGAAUGACAUUGGAACUUUCCGAGACCAUUAAGUAUUAUGGAGCCAAAGUGAGACACAAGUGCUACAUCAUAUAUACAAAAAUACUACAGCAGCCUGAAGGUGCAAAUAUCAUUGAAAGAAGAAAUAUUCAAUGGUAAACUUGAAAUCAUUAAAUAAGAUGGAUACUGCAAAUUUACAAAGUUGAUAAGGGCUUCCCAUUUCUGUUUUACAUCCUUAAUGUAAAUACAGUAGAACCCAUAUGCUCACACUUGGGAAAGAGUGAAGGAUGUAGACCUAUGUCUCUGGACUUGAACUGACAACUGUCUCAAGUCCAAACAGUUGAACUUGGGCUUGAAGUGAUUCUUUACCUCAUUGCUACAGAAUGCAUUAACUGCUUUGUCAUGGCAUUAUCCGUAGGAAAUUGGGGUAAUCCUUACUUUAAAGUCGGCCUGGGGAAUUAUAAAUCUUCACAUAUCUAUGUUCUAGCAUUUCCCUUUUUCAGAACACUGAACUUCAAUACCUAGAUUACAGUAACUCCAAACAUUCAGCUCUCACUCUCAGCUCUUAUGCUGUAUUCCGUUCAACUUGGAAACUCAGAGCAAUAACAUCCCUCCUGAACUUGGACUUCCAACUUGGAAACUCAUGUAGAAAUCUAUAACUCAGAUUCCUCCAAGAUGUGGAUGUAUGACAUCACUUGAAUAUGGAGGUACAAGAUACACCGAUCAGCCACAACAUUAAAACCACAUCGCUAAUAUUGUGUAGCUCUCCUUCGUGCCGCCAAAACAGCGCCAAUCCACAUCUCUGAAUAGCAUUCUGAGAAGCUAUUCUUCUCACCACAAUUGUACAGAGUGGUUAUCUGAGUUACCGUAGACUUCAUCAACAAGGUAUUUCGAACCAGUCUGGCCAUUCUAUAAUUGAGAUCACAAUUUUUGCCCAUUCUGAUGGUUGAUGUGAACACUAACUGAAGCUCCUGACCCGUAUCUGGAUUAUUUUUUUUGCUCUGCACUGCUGCCACACGAUUGACUGAAUAGAUAAUCGCAUGGAUGAUUGUUGGUGCCAGAUGGGCUGGUUUGAGUAUUUCUGUAACUGCUGAUCUCCUGGGAUUUUCACACACAACAGUCUCUAAAAUGUAUUCCAAAUGGUGCCAAAAACCAAAAAACAUCCAGUCAGGGGCAGUUCUGCAGAUGGAAACGCCUAGUUGAUGAGAGAGGUCAACAGAGACUAGUCAGACUGGUUCAAACUGACAAAGUCUACGGAAACUCAGGUACAAGGUACAAUUGUGGUGAGAAGUUCAUCAUCUCAGAAUGCUAUUCUGAGGUGCAUUGUUGGUGCUGUUUUGGAUGCAUGAAGGGACCUACACAAUAUUAGGCAUAUGGUUUUAAUGUUGUGGCUGAUCUGGGUAUAUGCAGUUAAUGAUAGACAUUAAAGGGAUUAAAAUUGAAGAGUCAAAACAAACCAGAUUUGUUUGAAGACAUAUGUAUGUAAAACACUGUAAAUGAGCGUUUCUUUUGAUAAUUUUACACCUGCAAAAAAAUGCAAGCACUGCUAACACUAGCAUUGUUAUCCUCUGCAGUGUGGUUGGCGGAGCAAAUCACAAUUUGUCGCUUUAUACACAAUUUUCAGUGUGUCUGGGAAAUUUAUUAUUUUCUGGUCAGAAGUAUAAGAUAUGAAGUAGGAAUAUCUCACAUCAGACUUUGGAUGGAACAUAGCAUAAGACAAGCUCUAAAGAAGCACUAAAAAAUGAGAUGUGCUUAAAAAAUAGCGCUAAUGAAAAAUAGCCGUAGCAUUCUUACUAGUCUGUCUUUCACUAGUUUUUCAUUGUAAAAAAAUAUCUUUGAAUAUCCAUGUCCAUAGGUUUUCAUGAUAGGUAACAUCACACUAAAAUAUCAUUGAAUGAUAAACAGGCAACUAAAAGGUGUCUAAAACAGGUGCUAAUAUUGAGAUGAGUUCAGAUCCAAAAACCUGCUCAUAACAGGGAUUCUGUAAAGAUUCAAAGACAAGCACGUACUACUUCCACUGUUGCUCAUCAUUUCAAAAGUACUUUUCACAGCAUUUGAAUGUAUGAUAAUACACUAUCUGUAGCAAGACUGAUGAACUAGCUAGCUACUUGCUAUAUAGGCUACACUGGAUCUGAUCAUCAAAACUAAUGCUGCAUUCACAUCAUGUUGGAAUUGCCGUAAUUGGGUUGUAGUUACAAGUUGAAAUCUCAGGGGCCAGAUUCAUUCAACGUUUUUUAAGAAUAAAAUUAUUCUUAAAUACAAUUUUCCUCAUAUUUUCUGUUAAGAAAAAAAAAAAGCAAAGAACAUUUUUAAUUCCCAAAAAGACUUAUUAUAGAAUGUUCUAAUCUUUGUUUAAACGGACCCUUUGUGUAGAUUCAGUAGUGGGGCAGUGUCACCAGUAAAUAGCUAUUCAGGAAUCACUGUCAAAGUAUUUAAAGGAAUAUUCCAGGUUCAAUACAAGUUAAGCUUAAUCAACAGCAUGUGUGGAGUAAUGUUGAUUAUCACAAUACUUUAUUUCAAAUUGUCCCUCCUUUUCUUUAACAAAAAAGCAAAAAGCUUAUUUACAAUGAGGCACUUACAAUAAAAAUGGGGCCAAUCCAUAAAGGUAGGCUACUACUUUAUCCACAAGCCGUAAACAAUAUGCAUGUUAAUGUGAUUUUAGUGUGAUAAAAUCGCUUACCUUUUCUGUGUAAUGUUAUAUCCAGUUUUUCAACUUCAUUGCCAUGACAGAAGAAUGAAUGUAAGUUAUAUAAAAUUGUAAGCUUUUCUUUUCUGCCUUUACACCCUACAUAAAUUGGCCACAUUCACAUGCAUUGUAAGUGCUUCACUGUAACCUUGAUUUUUGCAGGGGUAAGUAUUCAACAUUAUGCCACAAAAACAUGUAAAAUCUGCAAAAGUAUAUCGAGCAAAAGCUAUUCAUUAUUUUGCAGUCACCAACAAAUCUGCACAUUAAUCUAUUUUGGUGCUACAAGUUUGUCCAUAGAAAUGAAUACGUUCCGAGUCAGUUCGGAGUAAAAUCUUACGGUAUUUCCAACCAGAUGUGAAGACUGCAUGAAAGAAACAUGAACAUUUGCAAUUAUUAAAAAGUAUUAUGGGUAGAGAACCACUGAAACUGUAGUCAGUCUUUUAGAGUAACUACAGUAAUGUAUUUUAUUUUCAUACAAAAGUAUUUUUUUUAAAAAAAGCUUGAAAAAAAAAAACCCCAUUUAGACUAAGAAAAGAAAUGGUUUUAGGCAUUUUCUUGUCUUUGCCUACAGUAAUUGCGGAGUCUGUCCGAGACCGUUAUUGGUAAAGCUGUGAAUAUAUUGUUUGACAAUCACUGCACAUUACCUUGUCUUUUCAGGCAUGUGUGUUUACACUUACCAGCCUAAAGUUGCCAAGGAAAAGCAAUAAACCGCAUUACUGUUAACAGUCACGAGCAAACAGCUGUGCAGCUGUGCACCUCUACACACACACACACGCACACACAAUUGUGAACAGCAAAGCAGUGAAACAUUAAAAAUUAAAAGUAAAAAUUUAAAUUUUUACUAAAAGCUAAUUUUUAAAUUUUAACUAAAAAUUAAAAGUGCUUUUCUGUUUAAAUAUGGGACGUCCCAGUAAUGGAUCCGGAACACUUGGCAACCCUAGGAAUGCACGUUUACGAAAAUUAAAAUAGGGAUGAGAGAUAAAGCAAUAAAAUGUGUGUGUAUAAGGAUGUUGUAGAUGGCAGCUGUGCGUGUGUGUCUGUUUUCCUUCUUGAAAAGGUCACUAAUAAACAUAGGAAUGUGAUGUACCGGCAAUAUAUUAAACAAAACAGUGUAUUGUGUGAACACUUCUGCAACAUCUUGGUUAUAUAUUUUCGAAUUUGUAAAUGUGUAAAAACUGUUUGAUAAAUGUUUCUUUUUUUU